UGCUCGCGACUCCGUAAAAAAACAAAACUUCCAAAAAUAAUCGACCGGUAUUUAUUUCCGAUUUUUUGAGUUUUAAACCAAUUCUAUAAGCUAUGUAAAUAUUCGUAAAUGAUUUUCGGCACAUGAGAAAUCCAUUUUUCUUGCCAACCAUGAAAAAUUGCUAAGUUUGCAGAAGAAAAAAUUCUCCGUUGACUCGAGUGGUUCUUCAUCGUGUGUCUGUUCAUCGUGACUGACGUUGCGGGUUACCUUUGGCGAGGGAGAUAGUUUUAGUGUUGUUUAUUAGAAUACCAACAUGGAGGAAUACGCGAGAGAACCAUGCCCAUGGAGGAUAGUCGACGACUGUGGUGGUGCAUUCACUAUGGGUGCAAUAGGAGGUGCUGUGUUUCAAAGUAUCAAAGGUUUCCGUAAUGCACCAAGUGGUUUAAACAAAAGGUUCACCGGAAGUUUGAUGGCUAUCAAACAACGCUCACCAAUAAUUGCUGGAAAUUUUGCUAUUUGGGGAGGUAUGUUCUCAACAAUCGAUUGCACACUGGUUCACUUCAGGAAAAAGGAAGAUCCUUGGAAUUCCAUCAUUAGUGGUGCUGCUACUGGAGGUAUUUUGGCAGCAAGAAAUGGUUUACCAGCGAUGGCUGGUAGUGCAAUCAUUGGAGGAGUUUUAUUGGCCCUUAUUGAAGGAGUUGGUAUUCUUUUCACAAGACUUUCUGCAGAACAAUUCAAGCCCCCUUCGCUGGUUGUCGAUGAUCCCUCGCAGCUUGGUCCACCUCAACAAGGUUAUCCAUCGUAAAAUUUCUGACAUACUUAGGUUUACUAUUUUAGAGUAAAUAUUCCGAAAAACGAAUGAACACAAAUCUUGUUGAUAACAGUGGAAAAUGUGUAUAGAUUAUCAAGUACUUAGGUUAAGAAAGAUUAAUAAUAAUUGUUUUGCGUUAA